AUGUGUGAACGCGAAGGCGACGAUGCAGACGUCACCAUGUGGGCACAGGGUAGUGUGUCGGCGGUUUCGAGUGGCAGUGCGAAGUCGUGGGGUGUGCCAGGCUCCGUGUCCAGCUACUCGGUGGGAGCUCGCUCUGUGCCCGCCUCCGCAUCGCUCUACUCCGUCACCAGCGGCGAGUCUUCCCUUUCAGGAGUGUCUUCCGUGUCAUCAAACAGCGGAGGCAACGUCCCGAGCAGCUGUUCGACGAAGUUAUGUGGAGGAGCUAAGUGUGGAGGUGCAUGUUUGGGCGCAGUGCCCAGAGUCCCCGUGCCGCCGCGGCCGCGACAACCCGCCUCUAACUCGUUAAGACGUUCGCAGCAUCAUAGUAUGAAGGCCCGGUUACAAGACUAUCAAGUCCAUAGCUACACGGGAGGUCCUACGGCUGGGGAGCCCUCGGGCCGCCUGCCUCCCAUCAGAGAGUUCCAGAGGGAAUUCCGCGAGGGACGAAGAGAGAGUGCCGCUGCUGCCUCCGCCUCCACUAGAAUUAGAAACGUCGCCACAAAAGGACAAGCAACACUUUUCCGGCCACUAAAACCUUCAAAUAAAGACGACCUGCCCGAUUCCAGAGAUCACAGCAAAGAGACUGAACGGAAAAAAGAUAACCCCAAAUCAAAACCCAAAAAAGAGGACAAAAAGAAAAAAGAUGAUGAAAAUACAAAACGAGAAGAUAAAAAUAAAAAAGAUGAAAGUAGUGACAAUAGGAAAAAUGAAUUAGCAGAAAAGAAAAAGGAAGAAAAGAUGAGACUAAAGGCGGAGAAGGAAGCGAAGAAAGAAGCCAAGCUUCAAGCUAAGGAAGAAGAGAGACAAGCUAAGCUAUUAGCCAAGGAGGAGGAGAAACAAGCCAAACUAAGAGCGAAGGAAGAAAAGAAAAAGGCCAAAAAAGAAGCAAAGCUCGCCGCGCAAGCUGAGAAAGAAAAAAACAAGUAG